GGAUUCCUAUUUUGUGAUCCCUUGUGUGGCGUGCGCACGUGCGGGGAAUUGGUUAUUGGCUUUUAUUGAUCGUCCCGAGUCGUCGAAAUCGCUUGCCCUUGCCCCCGUUCACAAACGAGCACGCAAGCACAGCAUCGCCGCCCUCGCCACCGCCGACGUCCCCAGCAUCCUCCCCGACGCGAAUAGGCUAGACCGCGUCUCCCAAUCGCAGGACCUUGUCCAACCCGCCCCCGCCUCGCAGCCCGCUGCCCAUCACCAGCAGCAGACAGAGAAAGCACCAUACACCCACUUCUCAUUCGGGAAGUCCGCUGGGCAAUCGAAUCGCCACCUACGAAUCCAAUCGCCAUGUCCAUCAUGCGCCGCAAGCCCUCCCACACCUACCGCUCCCCGACUGACGACUGCGCGUCGGGGCCCAUCAUCAUGCGCCGGACGACCACCGCGUCCAGCAACGAGUCGACGUCUUCCGAGUCGUCGUCCACGUCACCCCCAUCUGCUCGCACCAUCCCUCGGGUCCUGCGCCCUCCCGUGGCUAGCACUGUCAAGACGCGCAGACGCACAUCGAAAGACCACCUGCCCCUUUACCACCCUCAUGGGAAGUUGGCGACAUCACUACCUCCGCUUGACGCGCUCGCCCAUGGCCUUCCAAUCAUCGAAGACUCCCAGCUUGCGGGCGGCAAGUCUGGCAGUCGUGCCAAACGCAAUGGCGCUUCGAAGCUGCGCGACGCCGUGACGGUCGCCCCGAUCGCUGAGCCCGCCGUCAGUCCCCCGGCCCCGGCAGCCAGCAAGCCGACCCCGCGCAAGCGUCGCGCGGCCGGCGGCGGCGGGGGCUCCGCUGCUGCGAAGCGCAAGCGCGCUGCUGUCGACGACGCCGACGCGCCCUAUCCGGCCACCAAACGUCGCGCUGUGCGUAGCCGGCAGGCCAAGGAUCAGGCGGACGUCGGCUCGCCCGGCCCGGCCGCCGAUGUUCCGCCCACGCCAGAGUCCGCCGCCGAGCCGCUCCCCCGCAACACGCGCGGCACUCGUGCUCGUGCCAGCGCCCGCCGCACGUCCUCCGAGAGCGCGGGCGGCAGCGUGCAGCCCCAGACGCCCCGCGGCAAGGAGGCCCGGCUGGUGUCGAUCGACGAGACGGUCGUCGCGGCCGUCAAUAACGACAAGGCCGUCAAAACGGCGAUGGACCUGAUCGGCAUGCAGCCCAAUCUCGACAUCACCGUCGGGAACGCGGCGUAGGAUCUCCCAUCAGCUCAUCAUAUCCGUAUUUAUCGGGUUUUCCGCUCUCGUCCUGCCCUCCAUCGCCGCCUGUUGUCAUCUCUCCUCCAGCCCAUCCAUCCACUUUUCCGCGGCCGACUCGCAUGAUACACACCGAAUUCUUGGCCUCCGCUCCGUCCACUUUCCUCCUCUCACGGCCUCCAUUCCAUCCUCUUUCGGUCUCCAUACCGUCCUCUAUUUCUUGACUUUCGAUCCAUUAUCAUCCAUGCCAUCCCAUCACACUUUCACAUCCGCCGCGCGGCUACCUCUUCUUGCAUACCAUGGGCUCCUGUACUUCCUGUUUGUACUGUUUACGGUUACUUAUUGUCCUCCUCAGUUAAUGUAGUCGCGCUGUGGUUCUGAAAUGAUCAUUGUCUUGAAUACUUCA